GGCGGCUUUUAGCGCUCCACCUUGUAAAAUACAUCGAUUACCGUUCUUGAUUUGGAGUUUUGGACUCCCCCAUUCUGUUACUGCAUUUUAGUACCUGAGAGUUGAGAGACAGUGUAGAAUGAAUACGGGUCGGCCUGUCUUUCCAUGUCGUUGCCUUCUCCACUGAAUCAACGCACCAUUGUAGAGCAGCACAGGGCCAUGGAAGAGCAGCAGCAAGCAAGUUUCACAAGCUUCUUGAAAUGGGCAGCACAGCUCGGAAUUUCAGACUCGCCCCAUCCUCCAGUUUCUUCGUCUUCGUCUUCAUGUCUGGGUCACACUCUCACCGUCGCUAAUUUUCCUGAAGCUGGCGGGAGGGGUUUGGCGGCUGUUCGUGAACUUAGGAAAGGGGAACUGAUUUUGACAGCACCCAAAUCGGCAUUGAUGACAAGCCAGAGUGUGAUUGACAAAGAUCAUGUACUUGCUCGUGCGAUCAAAUCUUAUCAUUCUCUCUCCCCAACUCAGGUUCUUGCUGUGUGUCUAUUAGUCGAAGUUAACAAAGGAAGGAGGUCUUCUUGGUAUCCGUAUCUAACGAAGCUUCCCAGAAGCUAUGACAUUCUAGCAAGUUUUGGUCCAUUCGAGACAAAAGCAUUGCAAGUUGAUGAUGCUAUUUGGUUAACAGAGAAGGUUAUUUCAAAGGCUGUGUCAGAUUGGAGGGAAGUUGCUGCACUGUUAGAACAAUUAAAGUUGAAGCCACAGCUUGUGAAUUUGAAGGCUUGGCUCUGGGCUUCUGCAACGAUAUCAUCUCGCACAUUACACGUACCGUGGGAUAGUGCUGGGUGCUUGUGUCCUGUGGGUGACCUUUUCAAUUAUGCUGCACCUGGAGAGGAGUCAGCUGCCACUGAAGUUUCCGUGAGCGAUUAUUCUUUGUUGCAAGUGAGAGCUUCCCGGGAUGGAAAUGGCACAGAGGACCCGCUUUUAGGGGAUGAACAUAUAGAUGCCUGUUCAGGCAGGUUAAUUGAUGGUGGCUAUGAGGAAGAUAAAGCUGCAUAUUGCUUAUAUGCCAAGAAAAACUACAAAAUUUUUGAGCAGGUUUUAUUAAGCUAUGGGACAUACACAAACUUGGACCUUCUUGAACAUUAUGGGUUUCUUCUGAAUGGAAAUCCAAAUGAAAAGGUUUUUAUACCAUUGGAACAUGAUAUAUAUGCUUGUCAUUCCUGGCCUGCAGAUUCUCUCUACAUUCAGCACGAUGGGAAACCUUCAUUUGCCCUACUAUCUGCAUUGAGAUUGUGGGCAACUCCUCAAAACCAGAGGAAAUCUGUUGGUUACAUUGCACUUUCUGGGUCACAGCUAUCUCCAGAAAAUGAUACAAUAGUGAUGAAAUGGCUGUUAUCAAACUGCCGUGCGAUCCUGAAAAGUCUUCCCUCAACAGUAGAAGAUGACCUAUCAUUACUUGAGGCAAUUGGUAAAGCUCAACUACUUCAGUCCAUCGAGAUGCCAAAUAAUUUGCCUUGUGCAGCUGCCAUCGAAUUCUGCAAAUUUUUAGAGUCAAUGGACUUGUGCUGUGGAGGAAUUGAAGUCGUGUUGCUGUCGGCUUUGCCCUCAAAGGUCAAAAAGUCUAUAGAUAGAUGGGAAUUGGCAGUUCAGUGGAGGCUUAAGUAUAAGAAAACCCUUGUUUCUUGUAUUUCCUUUUGCUCUCGAACUAUUGAGAUCCUCUCCCCUGAAAAUGGCUUAAGUAGAUAACUAAUUACUAGGAUGAAAAUUCUUCAAUAUGUAGGCAGCUAAUUACUAGGAUAAAAAUUAUUCAAUGAAUUUUCUAGGACCCUGCCUUGGCCCUAUUACACCCUACUCUAAUUUGAGGGUGCGGUUCUGAACUUUUUAUACCAUAUAAUGACCUUAUCGGCUCGUUUGGUAUGAAAUGGGGAUAGAGCUAGGGAUAAAAUUGGGAUAAGGAUAGGAAAUUGAACAUGGAGAAUUCACUACUUUUAUCCUUAUCUCUUGUGUGAUGUAGUAGUGGAUAUAUAUUGACAAUAAAAUAACAAAUUUACUAUACUGCCCCUUUAAAUGGAAAAGUAAAAUAUUUAAGGAAAAUUUGUAAAAAAUAAUUCAAUCUUUGCUCGUUUUAGUGCACCUUUAAUUUAUUUUUGAAUAA